AUGGAACAAAAAAACAUAUUGCGCCGACCCCAAAUAAAACGGGACAAGGGCAGGAAGAUGAUGACGAUGUCGGCAAAGGAGCAGACGGAUUUCCUGAUAUCUUAUAAUCUGAGGCAACCAUUAUUUGAUUUGAAUUAUACAAGCCAGCUUCGCACAGUGUGGGAGAGCCAUGCUUCGGCACGAAGGCGUCGGUUCGACCGGAGUGAUAGUACGGCCUCACAGAAAACCGGCGUGGAACAACCACAGCGUUGUGUUUCGCCGGCCUAUAAGUGCCCACUGCUGAGCAAAGGCCUCUUCUCACACGGAGAAGUCACAGGACCACAGGGUCCCGGUCAUUUGGGAGGCGUGCGAGGGGCCGGAGCCAACUGCGCAGAGGCCUUUUAG